CCCGUUUAGUAUAAAGGAGUAAGUGGAUGAGCUUGACAAGAAGAGAAGAGAUGAUGGCACUUGCAACUCCUAGCAGUGUUCUUGUCUCCCCCUCAUCCUCUCUCCUCAACUCUAAUCUCUCCCACUUCCCCAUCCUCUUCAGAAAGCAGCAGGAUAAGAUAAACCUAUCUAUUCACAGAAAGAUUGUUGCAUGCUCAUGUAAUCUUUCAAGACCCAUGUUUGAGAAUGGCUUUUCCAGAAGAGAAUUAUUAUUGUUUGGCAUUUCUUCUACAAUUGCCACAGUUUCUUCCCCAUUUCCAGGUUAUGGUGCGGAAGAAGUGAUUAAAAUGGUACCAGUGGUUGAUGAUAUAAAUGCUUAUACCUAUUCCUAUCCUCUCGAGUUGCCUUCCAAGAAGCUCAUCUUUAGAUGGGCGGAGUCCAGAAAACCUGAACGCUAUUCAUCAGCUGCGCCACUUUCACCUGAUGCACGACAACGCAUUGUGUCAGAACGUGUUGAUCUUAUUGAUAAUCUCAUCCUUUCUGUUUCGAUUGGUCCCCCAAAUUUAGUAUUCCUAAAAUCAAUGGACAAAAGUACAUGGAAUGCAAAAGAUGUUGCAGAUUCUGUUCUAUCUGACAAGUCCGCUUUGAGAGUUACGUCAAGUCAGCGAAAGGCUGAGAGUUCGAUUCUCGAUGCGCAUUCAUCUGAAGUUGAUGGUGAGACAUAUUGGUACUAUGAAUACCUCAUCCGCAAAUCACCUACUAGAUCUGCUGAAGAAUCAAAUAUAUAUAGGCAUUAUGUUGCUUCAACUUUUGAACGAGAUGGUUUUUUAUACUCUUUGAAUGCUUCCACUCUUAGUAAACAAUGGAAUAAAAUGGGUCCUGUCUUGGAGAAAACUGUUGGUUCCUUCCGGCUUCUUCCUCCCACAGAAAGUUAUGUUCCGCCGUUCAAGGAUCCUUGGAGAUUUUGGUGAUAAAUUUUUGGUAUUUUGUUUCAAACAGAAGUCAUUGUAUAUUCUUUAAUAUACGGUAGAUGUGAAAAUCCUUGCAGAAGCUAAGCUUCUAGUGGCAUUCGUGUUGCAAUUUUGUAGAUAUUGUUGAUAUCAUAAAUGACUAGCAUACGUUAUUUUGAA